AUGGACCGUGGGCAGCGUGGCCGGCCUGUGAUGGUGUACCCCGGCGGUGGGCCGACGCCGCCGCGGCCUGUCGAGACGAAUGUGCAUGCGAGCUCUUCCUCGGGUCCGGUGCUACCCGGCGGGACGAGCUGGGUGCUCGGCACGAGCAGCGAGCCGAUGCGUCCUCAGGUGCCGAUCGCCAAAGCGCAGGCGAUGUACUCGACCUAUGCGAGCCAGAUGCGUGCGGGCGCGACGAUGCUUAUGCAGCCGAUCCAGCGGCAUCCGCACGAUGAUCUGGACCGUGCGGAGCGGUCUGAGCACCGCAGCCGGUAUGCGAGCGCCGUGUACUACGGCGAGGACAAUAGCGACGACGACGACGACUAUCAAGACUCGGACGACGAGUACGGCUCGGCCCGCCGCAAGCGGCGACGUGCCGGUACGACGAGCGAGUCGCGUGCGACUGACAGCCCCGACGUGCAGAAUCCGGGCGACGUGGAGAGCGAGGCGGAGCUCCGGCCGCCGGGCUCGCAGCUCGGCCUGCCGGUGCCGUGCAAUCGUUUGGUGGUGCGGCGGGCGGCGCGCACGCCGCACCAGUACUUUUCCGAUGCGCAGCUCACGCAGCAUGCGAACGGCGCCGAGGUGCUCGUGCCGAUCCGGAUCGAGUUCCACACGGACACGCACCGCAUCAAGGACGUAUUCCUGUGGAACAUCCACGAGCGCCUCAUUACGCCGUACCAGUUUGCGCAAAUCUUCCUCCAGGACCUCGCGCUGCCCCUGACGCCGUACGCGGUCCAGAUCGAGAGCAUGAUUAUUCAGCAGCUCUCGGACGCGAUGCCGCUGCUGGACGAGGCGGACGUCGACGGCCUCGGGCGCAUCAUCGACAUGAAGACGUCUGCGCGCGAGCGCAAGCGUGCCGAGGCCGAGGCCGAGGCGCAGCGGCGCAGGAUCGCGGCGGCCAACAUGCAGGCGGGCGAUGCGUUGCCGGAAAAGCGCAAGCGCGGCCGGCCGCGCAAGUACCCCCUGCCUGGCACAGACACCGCCGCGCCGUCGCCCACGCCCCCGGUCGAGACGCCGGUCGCGUUUGUGCCCGAGCCUCUGGCGCGCGACUCGCCGGCAGAGGCGAGCGACAAGCCGCCGGUUCCGACCGACCCCAAGGCGCAGGAAAAGGCGCGCGUGCGCGAGGCGCUGGCGAGCGUCGAGGCCGAGGACGAUCUGCGUGUGAUUGUCGAGUACGAGGUGCAGAUCCUGCGCCAUAUCCUGCGCGACCGUCUCGAGUGGGACCUCUCGUCGGAGCUCACGCCGGAAGCGUUUGCAAUGGCGCUCACGCGCGACCUCGGCCUCACGUCCGAGAGCGGCGUGCUGAUCUCGCAUGCGGUGCGUGAGCAGCUCCUCAAGCACCGCCGUGCCGCGCUCGAGCUCGGUCUGUUUGGCAGCGGCAAGAUUUACCGCUGCACGAUGGACGAGCUGGUGCAGGUCUACAAAGACGAGGCUGCCGAGGUCCAGGCCGCGAACCGCGAGCUGGACACGAGUGCAGGCGACCACACGGGCGACCACACGGGCGACCACACGGGCGACCACGCCGAGCGCCGCGCAGUCGAAGCGGCAAACGCACUCGAGACCGACGUACCCGCGCGCGACGACGACGUCCUUGCGCCGCCCAACACGCGCAGCCGGCGCAUUGCCGCCGGCGCGGCCGCGAGCGACUCGUCGCUCUCGGUGCCCUUUAUUAUUCCCGACAAGACGCUUCCGCUGGCCGUGCGCAAAGAGCAGGCGCUCGCGACACUACGGGAUCUACUUGCGCUCGGCCCGCGCCCCCUCGAGGGCGUGUGGCGCGACUUUCACGAUGCGCCCGACUUUGGGCCCCUGCUCGAGUUCCUCAGCGAGGCCGAGAUGGAAAAGAUGGAAGAGGCCGACAUGCGCGCCAGCCGACGCAAUCGGCGCGACGCGCAGCGGCACGGCCGCACGCGGCGGUAA